AUGGGAAAUAACGAUCAACCGUCUCUGUCACGAGGCGAGCACAUGGAAGGCGAUGACAACUCCACCCCUCCUGUAGGAGACGUUUUGAUGCCUGAGGAUUAUUACGUUUCAGUGGAGAAUAUACAACUGCUCUGGCUGAGCAAAACCAUCGGCCGCACACUUAUUGCUCCACUCGACCGUGUGAAGUUCAUCCUGCAGUGCCAAGGGGAAUUGCGGCGUUUAGGAACAUUAGAUGGAUCUUUUAGCGGGGCGUGGCAUUGUAUGCGUCACCUAGCAGCUGUUGAGGGCUGGCGUAGUUUUUGGCGGGGGAAUCUGAUUCAGGUGGUUUCCCUGCUACCAAUUACAAUUGCACAGAUUUUUAUUGCGCUUCCAACGCAAACUUUUGUGUUUAACGCAUUUGCGCAUCAUUCGGCGUUGACUUACACCUUUUCGUUCUACGCCGCACACAUCUGUGGUGCGCUUGCGGCUUCAAUGGUUUCUUACCCGCUUGACUUUGCGCGAUUUCGUCUUGCAGUCGAUAUUAAACCUUUCCGCGGUGCGUCGUACGAGUAUCGCCACAGUUUGGCGUUUUUUUCUCACCCUGUACUGAGUGAAUCUCCACAUCUUCUCUACAAGGGUUUAGGACUUUAUGUGUUUGGCAGUCUGCUGUACCAGACGGUUCACAGUGGUAUUCUAAACAUUGUGGAGCCAUUUGUCCUUCCCGAGACGUCUGACAGUGGCUACGGCGCAAUAGCAGCGCAAAUAGGGACAGGACUCACGGUAUCGGCGCUCUCAACACUUUGUCUUCACCCCAUCGACACCGUGAGGCGGCGCAUGAUGAUAGCGGCAACGGAAGACGAUCUCCGUUAUUCUUCGAGUAUGCAUUGUGUGCGCCACAUCAUGCGGACAGAGGGACCGGUGGGUUUGUACCGCGGGGCUUUUUUUUCCCUGGUACGAAUGGUGGUCACCACCACAUUGUUCACGCUAGGAAGCAUUGCCAAUUGA